AUGCACCGGCAACUAAUCACGAUAACCUUCUACAUUUCUCUCAUCAUUGGUGCGUCCAUAUCCAACGAUCAAACGGCUAAAAACUUGGGCGCCAAGUUGAUCUCGACUUUUUCGCCAAAGUUCUUUGACCUGUUCUUCCCGAAACAUGCACCGCUACAGGAGAAAAAGAACCAGCAGCAAAGCCAAGGCGCCAGCAAUAGGAGAAAAGGUAGACCACUUGGCUCGGGAUCACUCACCAUCGACAAUGAUAAAAACGCCGCUGCCGCUUUUGUUGGUGGCGCCACCAAGUCCAAACUCAACAAGAAGGAGAGACACUUCGGCCCCACGCCCAUUUUCGAACAAUCCAGCUCGACGAUCCCCGUGUCGUCCCCGCUCCAAAACGAAAUCCCCCCAUCACCCAUGCUGCACCCGCCCCGAUUGCCCUUCCCGCAAUGGCUCACCGACUUCACCGGUCUACGCGAAUGGCCCGGCUUGGACCCACCCUAUAUCCCGCUCGACUUUAUAAACUUCAACCGCAUAAUCGACAUCCCGCAACAUCAACAAGCGCAAUGCACAAAUCAGAUGUUGCGCUCGCCGCACGCGUGCUCGUUUGACUGUUUCAACUGCGUCGAGUUUGACGACGUUUAUACGUGUCCGCAACUCUCGCAGACGUUCGACGAUGGGCCCAGCCCGCACACGGUCAAGUUGCUCGAUGCCAUGGACCGCAAGAUGACCAAGACGACGUUGUUCACGUUAGGCGUUAACAUCAUCCGGUUCCCCGACGUCUACCGCGACAGCAUGAAGCGCGGCCACAUCAUGGGCUCGCAUACAUGGUCGCACAAGUUUUUACCGCAAUUGACUAAUCAGGAAGUGAUUGCGCAGAUUGAAUGGCUGAUCUGGGCCAUGAAUGCCACGGGGCAUCAUCUACCCAAGUGGUUCCGACCACCGUAUGGCGGCAUUGAUAAUCGGAUAAGAUCGAUCUUGAGACAGUUUGGCAUGCAAGCGACGUUAUGGGACUUUGAUACGUUCGACUGGAAGAUGUUGGACCAUCUGAAUAUGCGCAAGGAGAGCGAUAUCGUGCAGGAUGUGCGCGAUUUCAAGCGUGCUCACAGGGGUCAAGGGUUGAUGUUGGAGCAUGAUGCGAUUCAGCGUACCACGGAUGUGGGCAUUGAGAUCUUGGAGAAGGUGGUGGGGCUGAAGCAGUUGACGGUGCCUCAGUGUGUCGGCGGCAUCGACUAUAUAAAAUCGUUCAAUACUACAAAAUGA